UUAAUAUAUUCAUAUCUUACACUUGAAGUCUCAGGGGAAUAUUGCAGAGAAUUUUAUGCCAAUGCAUUUGAAUUCAACAUUAUUGGUGUUGAAUUCUAUUAUCCAACUAAUCUGCAUCUUUCUUUUCUGUUCUUUUUUCCCAGAAUUUUCCUGGAUUUUGCCUGCUUCUUCUCUUUAAGUAAUUCACAGUAGAAUGAAAUCUGCUACACUAUUUGCCACUGCCAAAGACAAUUGACCAGAAAUCACCUUUUCUUUUCUUUCCUUUUCUUUUCCUUUUUCUAUCUCUCAUAUUUGGAUUGCUUGUAAAUGAACACUUCAAAGAUCGAUUGCCAAGAUCGAAUUCACCAUAAUCAUGGCCUAAUUGGUGACUUUGCUGUUCAUUUCUCACAAUGUUUUGGUAACCAACAGAGUUGGAACAAAGAAAUUCAUAUGCAGCAACCUGUUAUGGAGGCAGGACUCCAACAGCAGCAAUAUCUCAGGCCUGAUAGAUCAUCAGCCAGCAUAAUGAGCCGAUUCGAAUCGCCAGCUUCAGCCUUCUAUGCAACAGAAAGAUUCAUGGGGUUUCCACAGUAUGAUUGUCAAGUUGAAGCUCCUCCCUUGUGCUUCUCAUACUCCAAGUCCUAUGAUUCACAACAGUCUUCAAGGGAAAAUUAUGCUAUUGACUCAGGAGAACAAGCUGAGCACAACUUGGAAAUGAGAAGCAAUUUGCAGCCAAUUGUGAAAUCCCAUUUCUCUGAUGAUCAGUUUUACAAGUCUUAUAAAAGUUCCUGCAGCAGUUCUUCAGAAAACAAGCUGUAUCUGCUUGAAAGAAAUAAAGUGUUAAACAAUGGAACUGCCUCCGUAGGGAAUCACGGUUCAAUUCCUUUUCAAGGAGAUCAGGAUCAUAGAGUUGGUUGUAAUCCUUGCACAUCUCCAUUUGCACAGCUGGGAUUUAAUUCUUCACAAGGGAUACAGUCUCCAAGAUUUUCUUCUGCAGGUGCUUGUGUGUCUUCUGGUAAUCCUGUUGCUAAUGGAGCUGUGCUUUCAAGUAAAACCAGAAUAAGAUGGACUCAAGAUCUCCAUGAGAAGUUCGUCGUGUGCGUCAAUCGCCUCGGGGGUGCAGAGAAAGCAACGCCAAAGGCAAUACUAAAGCUGAUGGAUACAGAUGGAUUGACCAUCUUUCAUGUGAAGAGUCAUCUGCAGAAAUAUAGAAUUGCAAAGUACAUGCCAGACUCUUUAGAAGGAAAGCCUGAGAGAAGAAAUAGCAUUAGUAACGUAUCCCAGAUCGAUACAAAAACCAGUGGCAUGCAAAUCACAGAGGCACUGCAACUGCAAUUAGAUGUCCAGAGGUGUCUACAUGAACAGUUGGAGAUACAGAAAAACCUGCAAUUGCGAAUCGAAGAACAAAGCAGACAACUUAGGAUGAUGUUAGAUCAACAACAACAGAGGACAAGUAAUAGUCUUUUGAGGAAUCAGAACUUGGAUAAUACAACAUCCCCAGAUGAGCCUGAACUAAAUCUUGAUGACAUUGAGAUUUCCAUCACAGAAGAUUUUAAUAACACCCAAUUCCCAUCUAAGAUAAGUUAGUUCUUCCAACAACACAGUGUUUCAGAUUUCAUUUACUACUUCCAUGUUCUCAGUACAACAGAAUCAGGACAAAAUCUGUGCUGCUUUGUACAGAAAGAAAGGCAUUUGUGUUUUCUUGAAUCCUCAAAUUAUUACAUGAAUGUCUCUAUAAUGAAAGAAGUAAAUACCAUAAAAUUGAUGCUUUAAUGCAAAUGUAAGGAAGUAGAAUUCACAGCAAAAAUUGGAUUUGGAGUUCUGUAUCAGUAUAUUACUUGUGUACUUUCAAGCUCAAAAUACAUUACAAGAAUCAUAGUUUUUGA